AAGGAAGCAGCACUGCUGCGCCAGCUGUUGGAAUGAGAAGUCUCAGUGGCUUCAUCACUUCACUGGGACAUUUUAAGCAGUGAUUUAACGCAUGGGAGCGGGAAUUUGUUACGAUUUGACAGUAACCGAUCAGCUCACUCCACAAAACGCCUUUGGGAUAUAAAUAUAAUGACGGAUGAACAACAACGGCAAACGCUGGUCAUCAAAUGAUAACUUGAAUUGUUUAUGUCGACGAGAUGAGAUGCAGCAGUCCAUGGAAGUACAACAGGGAAAUAUAUAUUUUUUCUUCACUGCAAAUCUCGUUGAUGAACAGUAACAGCUGCUUCUUAUCUUAACUCAAAUCUACCAACUGUUGGGUAUGGGCAGGUUUUUUGAUAGAAAUACCAUAACAGUAACGUUAGGCUAGCUUGCUAGCUAGCCACAUUCAGUAAUGUUAGCCUUCAUUGCCUAAAUUAGUUUGGUACGUUAUGAGUUUCCUACCUUGUUAAUCAUCUUAGCCCAUCAUCUAUGAAAACCCAGCAUUUUUUCUGGAUUGAGAUUUUCCCCAUUUGAAUCACGGGUUACAUCAUACAAUUGUGUAUUUACACCAAAGUUAGCUCGAAGUACAUUCUGGGAUUGUAACCUUCUUAAUGGUGUAGCUGACAUUUCCGCGUUAACAAAUUGAUUCGUUUCAAGCAUUUGAUUUGGGUACUCUUUAAUAAAUUGUUGGUGUAUCUGCAUGCUACACUAAGCAUGAUACAACUGACCCUGGUUUUCUAAAGGAAAGUUAUUCAAACAACACUCUUUGGGGAAAAGGAAAUAAUUUCGCAAGCUGAGCCCUGAGCGACAGUACUACAAUGGAAGAUGAAGUCUUUCAACAGACUAUGCAUAUUGUCAAUCUGCUCGUCACCUGGACAGCUGCCACAGCCAUCAUAUUUGGUGGGGUGGUGCCAUACAUUCCUCAAUACAGGGAGAUCAAGCGGACUCAGAAUGCAGAGGGGUUCUCCACCUAUGUUUGCCUUGUUCUCCUCGUAGCCAAUAUUUUAAGAAUACUGUUCAGGUUUGGGCGCUACUUUGAGACCCCCCUGUUGUGGCAGAGCAUCAUCAUGAUUGUCACCAUGCUGGUCAUGCUGAACCUGUGCACUGAUGUCCGUGUGACAGCCGAGCUGAACACAAAACGCCGCUCUUUCACAGCUUCAGAAAUUAAGGAUGAGGAGAUCAAACUCCCCAAGAAGCUCUUUUUGGACUUCGACUGGGGCCACUUCUGGUCUUGGAGCCGCUUCGCCGACUACCUGCAGUGCGUGCUGGCCUUCACGGCCGUGGCCGCCUACGUCACCUACCUGCUGCUGGACUCGGACGUGUUCGUGGAGAGCCUGGGCUUCCUGGCCGUGUUCACCGAGGCCAUGCUAGGCACACCCCAGCUCUACUGCAACUACCAGAACAAGUCUACAGAGGGCAUGAGCAUUAAGAUGGUGCUGAUGUGGACAAGUGGGGACACGUUUAAGACGGGCUACUUCCUGCUGACCGAGGCCCCGGUGCAGUUCUGGAUCUGCGGCAUGCUGCAGGUGUGUGUGGACGUGGCCAUCCUCUUCCAGGUCUACUACUACAGCCGCUACCCACAGAAGCCCGUGUCCCACACCGUGCACACCACCAGCGCCAAGGCGCUCUAAAACAACACUCACACACACCCACACACACACACACAUACACACACCGCCAGCGUCAAGGCACUCUAAAACAGCACGCAUCUCAUGCACGCACGCACACACACACACACCACCAGCGCCAAGGCGCUCUAAAACAGCAUACAUCUCAUGCACACAGGCGCACACACACACACGGCAGCAACUUCGUUACACACCCCAUAGUGUGCACAGCAGGCAUGAGCGCACACACACACACACACACACACACACACACACACACACACACACACACAGACUCACUCACUCACUCAUAUACUGAGACAAAGGUCAGGAAGACUGCCACACAAAGAUGACCUCCUGAACUCUUGUUACUGUUCUUUUUUUAUAUUUUCUUUUUGUUAGUGAAAGAACGCAAUCGUAUUUAUGGAGCUCUGGAAAUGUUUGCGUGUUGUGAGACAGUUGGCCACUAAACCUGUUUGCAUUAGUGUACUGUGCAAUGUAUGCAUACUCUUUUUUUUUUUUCUCUAUCUAUCUGAAUUUAUAUAUUCUUGUGCAUGCAUACAAUCUGUGUCUGUACAAAUGCACUGCACACCUGGACUUAAGAGUGUUGCAUUCUGGGAAGUCCUCUGAGGACACACAGCCCACAACUGAUGAUUGUUGCAUGGACACUGUUGCCUUACAGACAUUUCUUUACAAAAAAGGGCUGUUUUUCUCCUUCUCUGAGGCUGAAAUGUAAUGUCCCCCACUAGCUCAUCCUGGCGUUGAUGAAUGUAUGGAGAUGGCUGUGAUGUCGCUUUUAGGCUAGCAUUGUUUUAUAUCCGCCGAGGACAAGACGGUCCAGUGUUUCCAUGGUCAGCUGCCGCACAUGCCCUCUCACCCAAAGGCCGACAACGAAGCAGGAGAUGGCAGGAGUCGGCCUUAUCAGAGGGAACUGAACUGACCUCUUAUUUGUGCGUACGGGUAUCAGGACUGUCCCUUAUUUAGUCCACAUGUGUAAAAGAAGAACAAGUCAGACAUCUGUUGCUGAGGUUCUGUAUGAGUGUGUGUGUUGUAGAUGUACAUGUUUAUGUAUGUCCAUGUUCGUGCACAUAGUGUGUUUUGGUCUGAGUUGGAAAUCUUGGGCACAAAGGAAGGGUGUGUCUCGGUGAGCUGCACCUGCGUACAUAUCAGGUGGAGUUUCGUCUGGACGGCCAAUGCUGCAUGACCCCCGACCCCCCACCCCCCACCCCCCACCCCACCCCUCCAGCACACAACCCCUGAGCUGCUUUGGGAUUGCUAUGGUGAUAUAAGUUGAAGCUGCUGCUAAGUCUCUCACUCUCACUCACAGUCACACUAACUCUGGUGGGCCCUUUGAGGAGAGGAAAGGGACCCGCAAGCCUUCGCUAGAGUUGUUAUCAAGGAGUCAGUUAUGUUCUUUUGGAAUGAUGUACAAAGGAUUGACAUAAGUUAGAUGUGUCUGUCUCUCUCUCUCUCUCUCUCUCUCUCUCUCUCUCUCUGUCUCUCUCUGUCUCUCUGUCUCUGUGUGUGUGUGUGUUGGGGGCUUUCUGCUGGAAGCUGGACACUUUCAGGACUCAUGUAGGUCAAGUUGUGACAGCACCCUUGUUAUCCUGCUGUUGGAUCACUGAUUUUUCCCCCCAUGUGUUUUUGCCUCAGCCAUGUUUCUGUUCCAUGUCCAUUUUAUAUUCCCUUCUCUGGCCAUAUUUGUAGUUUUGUAAGAUUUUCUUUUGUUCAAUGUAAAAUGGUUGUCAGGGGUCGCCAGUAUGAGUGCUGUUGCCUCUUAUCCACGUUCAGACUCGAGACACUUGAACCGUUCAGGGCAUAAGGCCCAAGAUGACCCAAAGUAAUAGUGGAAGAAUGCCCAGCAGUUCAUUCUAAUGCAUCUGUUAUGAAGGUUAUGUAUCCAAGUUAUAGAAGUGCAGUUGAGGGUUGCUUGGUUACGUAUGUUGAACGAAUACUGGUGUGUGUGUAUAUAUCUUUUUUAUAUAUUCUUUGUUUUAAAUUUUUUAUCCUUUUUUAUCCUUUUGAACUUCCUUUGUUAUUGUUGUUAUUAUUUUUCAUGUAUCUGUCAAGUUAAUACUGAGAUUGUUAUUACUGAGUUGUACUUAUUCCUGUUUUGACUGUGUGCUUUCUUUGUGUUUCGUGGCUAUUUUGACACAUUUCCCUUUGCCAUAGUUUUAUAACCAAUGUUGAGUUCAAAAACACAGAUUUUAAUGGGAGUGAACACUGUACCUUCUUGACGAAUGAUGUUCUCACUCAAGAGUUUUAAAUAUGGUAUGCUGAUCAGAUGUGUAGUAGUGUCAUACUGAAGGUCCCUCAAAUGAACUCACAGGAAAACUUGACUGAGCAGUGAGCCAAAAACAAGUCCCUUGAAGGGACUUUGUUGAUCGGCCUAUCGGGUUGAUCAUCUGUUCAUCUGACCACCGUCAGUCAGAAUGAAGGGGCGGUGCCAGGUUGAGCUGUGUAAAGGUUAACCAGAAACAUAAGGAGAAGUUUAGGUUGAAUGGUCAGUAAACAACCCAGUUUCCUUUUCAUCUGUAGAAGCGGAGAUCUCUCUUUGCUUUUAUAGGGUCAGUAUUUGCUUAGCUGUAGUAGAGGUAUAGGAAGUGGGUGUCGGUUAAGUCACUUGCUCAGUGACCUGUUAUUUGAGCUUAUUUCUUGCCAUAAUAUGCUGGCGUUGCCUUGGUAAUGUCAGGGGAGGAGAGAGAUCAAUCAGGCGAAUUAGCUGCCAAAUGUCUUGGUGGGUGCACUCAAUGGUCUGCUGCAUAUCGCUCCUUUACAUGAUCACUAUGGGGUAACCCUCAAACACACAUACUGGACAUUCCUGUUCUUCUACUUUUUGACAUUAUGCCAGAAAAAAAAAGUUUGUCAAUAAAUGAUACACAUUAUGUAACUGCUAAAUGGCUUGUAUGGUGAGUGAUCAGUCAAUAUGGACCCUGAUUUGCAGUGGGGGCACUGUGGCAUUGCAGUUUUUAUUCAUCUCAUGUACUCAAUGACAUACAAGCGGCCUUAACGUUUACAUGCUGGUAUGGAUCUCAGAAAUGUAUAAACAAAAUCAAUGGGGUUUGCUUUAUAUUGCUUUAAAUGUACAUGUUCAAAGAGAAAUAUAUUGAUGGUAUGCCAUGAUUUAUUCACACACCUGAACAUCAAACAUGGGUUACCAAAGUCUGUGUCUGUUUUAAUUUGGGUUUUUUUAAGGGUUUUUGUUUUGUUGUUCAAAUCUUUCCAAACAUACAUUCCUUUUGCCUGAGAAUGGUUUGUGAAUAUCUGCCAUAUGGGACUUUUAUGCCUAUUUAUGAAAUGCGAUAUGGAAUCCCCUCAUUAAAAAAAAGAAUGGUUCUGUAUAA